AUGGCCGCCUCCACCAUGUCUGUCUGCUCUGAAGCCUGCACUGAGUCCUCCUGGCAGGUAGAGGACUGCCCAGAGAGCUGCUGUGAGCCCAGCUGCUGUGCCCCCAGCUGCUGCCAGCCCAGCUGCUGCCAGUCUAGCUGCUGUGUCCCCAGCUGUGUUCCCAGCUGCUGUGUCCCCAGCUGCUGUGCCCCAGCCCCCUGCCUGACCCUCGUCUGCACCCCAGUGAGCUGUGUGUCCAGCCCCUGCUGCCAAUCUUCCUGUUGCACACCCUCAUGCUGCCAGCAGUCUAGCUGCCAGCCAGCUUGCUGCACCUGCUCCCCCUGCCAGCAGUCCUGCUGUGUGACUCUCUGCUGCAAGCCUGUCUGCUGCACACCCAUCUGCUCUGGCUCCUCCUCAUGCUGCCAGCAGUCUAGCUGCCAGCCCUCAUGCUGCCAGUCCUCAUGCUGCCAGCCCUCAUGCUGCCAGCCUUCCUGCUGUGUGCCUGUCUGCUGCAAGCCUGUCUGCUGCACACCCAUCUGUUCUGGAUCUUCCUCAUGCUGCCAGCAGUCUAGCUGCCAGCCCUCAUGCUGCCAGUCCUCAUGCUGCCAGCCAUCCUGCUGUGUGCCUGUCUGCUGCAAGCCUGUCUGCUGCACACCCAUCUGCUCUGGCUCCUCCUCCUGCUGCCAGCCAUCCUGCUGUGCUCCUGUCUGCUGCAAGCCCUGCUCCAGCAUGUCCCUGCUCUGCCGCCCCGUGUGCAGACCCGCCUGCUGCCUGCCCACCUCCUCCUGCUGUGCCUCCUCCUGCCAGCCCAGCUGCUGCCGCCCAGCCUCCUGUGUGUCCCUGCUCUGCCGCCCUGCCUGCUCCCGCCAGGCCUGCUGUGGCCUCUCCUCGGGCCACAAGUCCAGCUGCUGAUGGGUCCAUUUCCUGAGGAUGGCUCAUC